AUGGCUCUUAUGCCACGUAUUGACCGAGCGUGUAUGAUUUGUGAGAACAAAUGGGGUCACAUGUCUGCUCGGGCGCACCAACAAUCUAAUUUGACUGACACAUUUUCUCUAGCAGUUGUUUUGGAUGGCGAUGAGCGCCACAACAUUUUUAAUCUGGCCUGCGUUUUCCAGCCGCAAACAUCCAUCUAUGUUCUCAUCGCCAUCCAAAACAAUAUUGUCGGAGAAAAUUUGUCCGUCAAAUUAGAUUGUUGGUGCGCCCGAGCAGACAUUGAUGCCAAGAUCAAUUUGUGUCCUACCAUUAACAACAUUAGCUCUACCAUCAAGAUGAAUAUAAGAUGCAGUGAAAGGAAGGUUGUAGAACAUAGAAUCAGGCAU